AUGACGGACCUCUUGCUUGAGCGCCUGCAGUCCGGACCCCCAGCAGCCUACGUCGCAACAUUCGGCGCACUUUUCGUUCUUAUCCUGGCAUUGGGGCGGCAGCUCGCCCUCCUGCGGCAAGCCGCAGAGAAGUUUGAGAUCGUGGGCACGAGGGAUCGUGGCAAAGCGGUCGUGGCACGCACUCGGAUCGAGAAGGGUGGCGUGGUUCUGGUGGAACGCGCGUUGCUGUCUGUUCCUGCAGGGGUCAGUCCCAUUCCGGCUGUGGGCAUGCUGGGCCGCAGAGCACGGAGUCUUUUGGAAAGUCUGUACUGUCCCGCUUCCUUAUCAGCGUCCAGAUCGGAGGAUGGAAGCCACGCCCUGAGCGAUGAGAUCGGACAGCACGGCGAGCAACUUCGGCAGCGCAUGGUGGAGUGUGGCGUCUGGUCUGCUAGGAAAGCUGAAGUGGACUUCUCCUGGGCCUGGACAGUGCUCCGCGUCUGGGAUGCCAACAAGCUUUCCUUUAUGAGCCGCAGGGGCCAUGAGCAGUGCAUCUUCCACAAGAUCAGCAGGUUCAACCACUCUUGCGAGCCCAACGUGCGCCUGCUGCCAACCGGGGAGCCCGGGGAGCUCAUGGCACUGGCCACCGUGGCUGUGGAGCCGGGGAAGGAGCUGUGCAUCUGCUAUCCAGAGCGCAACGUCCUGCCUAUGCUUCACUUCCUGCAUCUGCCCACCUCCUGGCGUCGGCAUGUGCUGCAGCGCUGGCAGUUCCAUUGCUGCUGUGCCCGAUGCAAGGUGCCGGCAGAUGCCACACGCUGCUUUCGGUGCCCCACUGCCGAGUGCCCUGGGAGCCUUGCGGUGAGAGCCGACGGCCUGGAAGUUUCAACGCUUGCUCCCUGUGGGGCUUGCGGGCUGGUUCUGCAGGAGGAGGAGAUGCGGCAGCUCUUGGCCAAGGAGCAGGCGGCAGAGCAAGAGAGCCACGACUUGAGCCGCAAGCUGAAGAGCACCAAGGGUACGGAGGACUUUCCGUUGGAGUCGGUGAUGGAGCUGCUGGGCAAGUGCUGGGAAGCAGGCUUCAGCGUCGACCACUGGAUGUGCUUCUGGCUCCUGUCCUUGGCAGCUGUUGGCUCCUCUGAGCGGCCCUUGAACGUCGCCUCGUAUGGCGUGGCCCGGUCCACCACGAUGCCGGCCCUCCCUGGAACGUUCAGAGCUCUGGCGGAGACAGCGCCUGCCAGCGCGGGGUCGCUCCUGCUCGCGGCGGACCGCCGCAACCUCCUGCAACGGCCUGGGGCCUCGACACGGCUGUGCUUGUACCUGACCUUUCAGCCGUGA